ACAAUAAACAUUGACAUCAUUGUCAACGUCAACGUUGGUUUGGUAAACGCUGUUGAAUAAAUGUUUCGAAAACAAAUUAUGUACUAAUUCUUUUUAGUUUUGUGUUAAUAGUUAGAUUUUAAUCGAACAAUAUGCCUACGGUGAUAUUAAUGGACGUUUCGCUAUCAAUGUCGCGGCCUGUCCCGACUUCUGACACAACAGAGACACAUACCCGGCACACGAUAGCUACUGCUGCCGUGAACACAUUUUUGGACUAUUUAACUAUCCACGCUAAAUUAGAAUAUGUGGCCCUAGUCUCAUUCUCAUCCGUUUACGAAGUGGCUGUUCCUUUUACUCGAGACUUUGACAGCAUACGCAGCAAGUUAUUGUCAUUAGAGGAAGGAGACAAAACCUGCAUAGACACUGCUUUGCUUGGUGUAAACCAGCUGGUACUCAAUGAGUGGGGAGGAUGUCAAACGCCUGUGCAAAUAAUAUUGAUAACAGAUGGAAGCAGUGGUGUGGGUGCUAUUGGCAGGAACCGGAUGGUGCAAGCUCUGCCCUUGCCUCCCUCUUAUCCAGCAAAAAUACACAUAUUGCCUAUUGUGUCCCCUCAUGACCCUUGUCUACAACAUGCAAUGCCACUUUACCAGAAAAUAGUGGACCUAGCAAAUAACACAACCAGUAACUCUAAUGGCAAUAUGUCUCGUGGAACUAUCUACUGCCCUGAUCAGCUUUCUGUGCCUGGGGUAAUAACAGCUAUGACAAGGCUCUGUGAACAGCACUAUCAGGAAUUCUGGUGCACUCUGAAGUGUGGCCAGCUAGAGGCGCGCGUGCAGUUGUUCCCCGCGCCACAAACUAUUACACUUGAAGAGCUAGCUGCUACCUACACGCUCGCCAAUCAAAUACACGUCAUUGGUUUUAUACAACAACAGGAACUUAGUACCCCAAUAGCAUUAAGUAAGCACUUAGUAAUACCGCAAGCUCAACCAGGAACCACUCCAGCGCCGAGAGAAAAUUACGGCUCCAAAACUCCUACUAAGGAGGUGUCCAGUACGGAUGGUUCCGCGGCAGAGGAAGACAUGUCAGAUCCUAGCAAAGUUCCUAAUUUUUGUGUCCUGCUACAUGGAGCUCUCAAGGUAGAAGGCAUGGCCGCAGUAGUAUUGCUUGGCGCAGACUGGUGGGGAACUCUAACAGCUUCGUGUGAAGCGUCACGUGGACGUCGUUCGUGUUUGUUGCUCAGCGUCAUGAGGCCGGGAGCUUCUGCCGCUCCUUGGCUCGGCGCCCUCGAUCAACUUGGACCUGCUGAAGAAGGCACUACUUCCACGGAUACAUUCCCUAUAAGAUCGUGGCGUUCGUACAGUAGUGGAGGAUCUGCAUGCGCGUGGGCACGUCCACACGCACUACUCGCUGACGUACAGAAAGUCCUUCGACAUGCAAGGAAACUACCUGACAAGACACAACACCUCUUCAAGGAAUUGAACAGACUCCGUCGAGCAGCCAUUUCCCUAGGCUUCUCAGAGCUACUAACAGCGAUCGGAAACGCGUUAGAGCGUGAAUGCACGGCUUUACCGCCUACAGCGCCCUCUGAGUGCGCGCUACAACUUGCUCAUGCAGCAAACGCCCUACGUGACCCGAGGACGGCCUUAGACAUAAAACACACGCUGACUCCAUUAGGCCAUGCCACUCCAAUGACACAUUAGUUUUACUGUAUUUCUAUGAAGCAAUCUAUGAAGAGUUUGAGAUUGUUUCCAACAUUGAACCAAAAUGCGAUUGUACUGCCUAAAUCCAGCACGGUAUUUAAAAAGAAAUAUGUUAAAUUCAUUGUGAUUGAUUUGGACCACAGAAUUUCUGUCCUGACAUUAAUAGAGAUAAUUUAACCGAAUUGCCUGUUAAGGCUACUGUCUGUAUAAUAAUAUCUCUACCCGAAUAGUUGAAGUAGGUUUAUUUAGUGUAACUUUAAUGUAAUUAAUGAAUAAAAAAUAUCCAUUUUA